AUGUAUAGCACAUUUGCACGAGAACGUAAUGAAGUUGAGGAAUUGGAAUUUACCCAAAAAGACUUGGAGAAUGCAGUAGCUGACCAUAAGAAGCUCGAGCUGACAGAGAGUGAUGCAAAUGGUAUGAUUGAAUAUUUUAACAAAACGAGUGCGGACAACCAAAACUUUUUCCACCUUUGUAGGUUUGGGAAGGAUGGUGCAUUACAGGAUGUUGUGUGGGUUGAUGCUAGGAGUAGAGCUGCGUACGAGGAGUUUAGUGAUGUUGUUUGUUUCGACAGCACGUACCUAACAGACAAAUUUCACCUCCCCUUUGUUGUAUUCAUUGGGGUCAAUCAUCAUGGGCAGAGUAUAUUGCUUGGAUGUGCAUUGAUCUCUUGGGAGACUGCUGAGACUUACAUGUGGGUCAUGAGGACAUGGCUGCAUUUUAUGGGUGGUAAAGCUCCCAUAUCGAUCCUUACCGAUUUAGAUGCUUUGAAUAGGAAAGCUGUGUAUGUGACUAUAUCUGCUGGGCUUUACGACGAGAGGAACAUGUGGAUCCCAUCAUAUUUAAAGCACUUUUUCUGGGCGGGAAUGAAAACAACACAACGUUCGGAGAGUUUCAACCAUUUCUUCAAAGGCUAUGUCGACAAGAAUACAACUUUGUCGGAGUUCGUGCUUCGUUACUGCGAUGCUAUGCAGAUAUGGGCUGAAGCUGAAAGAAUUGCAGAUGCGAAUACACUUCGGUAUGUCAAACAUUUGGCAACUGACUUUCUUGCAGAAGAGUUAUUUCAAAAGUGCUACACCGAUUCGAAAAUCAAAGAAGUGCAACGUGAGUGUACGAAGUCUUUAUAUGUGCAUUGCUCGGAUCAAAUAGAACUUUGUGAAAACAAUAUUGAGUUCAUUCUUGAAGAUUGUGUAUGGAUCAAGCCUAAAGGAGCAAGGAAAGAAAGUGGCACUAAAAUUUGGAGAUGCUAUAAGGUUCUUUACGAUGCUCAUUCUUGUGAGGCGUGUUGUGAUUGUAAACAUUUUGAGUGUCAUGGCAUCAUUUGCCGACAUAUGAACCACGUGUACGACCUUAACAGUGAAGGUAUUGUCCCGGAGAAAUAUGUUCUUCGACGUUGGAGGAAGGACGUUCAAAGGAAACAUACAAGAGUCAAAGUUGCUUACCUUGACCCUUUAAAGACAGAUGAAGUGCGGCAGUUCAGAAGCCUUAAUCUGACUUCUUAA